AUGGCAGCGCAUGCCGUUCACCUAGCUUUGAACGCCGAAGCAGGGCAAUCCUCUUCUUCUGGACUCUCCGACCCACCGCCGGCUGAUGCAGCGGAGGCGGUCACACCAGAGGCAUCUGAGAGAGUGGGACCCGGCUCAAACUCCGGGCUACCGCAGCUCACCGCGCCGCAUGGAACCCUCUCAGUGCCAACCCAUGUAUCUUACACAGACGCUGCCACUGCCAAACCGCCCGGCCAGCUAGAUGAGGGCGAGCAACGUGACGCAGAAGUCAAAGCAGAGUCGCACAACAACACAGCGACACCACUCACAGCAUCACGAGGCAGCACCCGCGGUCGACCGAGAGGCCGUGGCCGCGGAGGCGGCAGAGGUGGCAAGCGCAAACGUGAAGACCGCGAGGAUGGCGACUCCGACAGCAGCGAGGUCUAUACACCUAUGGCUACUAAGACAAAGUCCGGACGCUCGAUACAAAAGCCCAGCAGUUUUGUGCCGCCGCCACCCGCACCCUCGCCCAUUACAUCCAACAAGCGUAAGCGCACCUAUAGACGUAACCCUGAAUCUGCGGUCUGCAAGGUAUGCCUGCGCGGCACAAGUCCAGCGAGCAAUAUGAUUGUGUUCUGUGACGGGUGCAAUACGCCAUACCACCGCUUUUGUCAUCAUCCGCCAAUCGACCCGUCGGUCAUUGACGAGGUUGACAAGGAGUGGUAUUGUAAGCAGUGUGAGCAGGAACGCGUGCUGCCUGUGCCCGAAUCCGAGAUCGCGGACUUUGUUGCUGCGGGUGGCGCUUCGGUGGAGCAGAGACAACGCUACUUUGCCAGCUUACCGCAGGGCAUGCUCGUUACUCUGCUCACGAAAGCGACCACGCUGCAUCCUGAUUUGCCACUUUUCGCGCCCAACUUCCACGUCCGCUCAACAUCGAGCGUACAGCCAGGGGCCAAUGGCCACGCACAUCCGGCUCCAGCACAAGCUCACCCUACGACAUCAUCUUACACUCAGUCUAAUAUGCCGAGAGCGGCGUCGCAGCAGGCAAGUGCAGGCGCUCAGUACGCAGCUCCGCCUGCUCCGCGCGUCGAAUUUCCUGUGCCUGACGGCCACCCACCGAACUACCCGCGGCCUGGCUAUGGACUGAUGAGUACGCUGCCAAGAGCGUCGGAGGAUUUGCACUGGUUGGUGGACGAGGAGGACCGCUAUGGCGUGUUCUCGCACUUUCACCAAGUCGAUCCGCGGGCGGCGACUGCUGGGCUGAAUGGUGGGAAUGGAUGA